AAGAAGAAAUUACGGAAGUACAGCUCCCAAACAGAUUCCCGUUGGAAGAGUAAAACACAGCAGAUCGCCUUCUUUCCAUUAAAACGCAUCUAAUCUCGGACUAAUUCAAUUCUCAAUAAGACGAUGGGCACUAGAGAUGACGAGUAUGACUAUUUGUUCAAAGUCGUCCUUAUCGGUGACUCGGGCGUGGGAAAGAGUAACCUGCUGUCACGUUUCACCCGCAACGAGUUCAACCUGGAGAGUAAGAGCACCAUCGGAGUUGAGUUUGCCACACGCAGCAUCCAGGUGGACGGCAAGACGGUGAAGGCCCAGAUCUGGGACACAGCUGGCCAAGAGCGUUACCGUGCCAUCACAUCAGCGUACUACCGUGGGGCGGUGGGGGCUCUUCUGGUUUACGACAUUGCCAAGCAUCUAACUUACGAGAACGUGGAGCGCUGGCUGAAGGAGCUGAGAGACCACGCCGACAGCAACAUCGUCAUCAUGCUGGUGGGCAACAAGAGCGACCUGCGUCACCUCCGAGCUGUUCCUACCGACGAGGCCCGCGCCUUUGCUGAGAAGAACGGUUUAUCUUUCCUGGAGACGUCGGCUCUGGACUCCACCAACGUUGAGACGGCCUUCCAGACCAUUCUGACAGAGAUCUACCGUAUUGUCUCUCAGAAGCAGAUGUCGGAGCGUCAGGAGAGCGACAUGUCGCCCAGUAACAACGUGGUCAACAUCCAGGUGCAGCCCACUGAGAACAAACCAAAGAUGCAGUGCUGUCAGAACAUCUAGCCCAGCUGCGGACCUGCUGCUAUCCCCUCCCCUUUUUUCCCCUCUCUCUCUCCACAGUCCACACCUAUGCCUCCCUCCCUCCCUGCCUCCCCCUCUACCCAGCUCCCGGCUGCCGGGCUCACAACUCCUCAACCCCAGACCCCCCUGCCCUCAGAAAAUAGACUGCCUCGGUGUACUGCGUGGUGUGGGAGGGAUGAGCCACAGCUUCAAGGCUGUGACCCAAACUCUGCACCUGCCUUGUACCUGCCCCCACCCCCACCCAACCCCCUCCUCCCCCCACCCCAACCCUAGGUAAAUAUAUCCCAGUAUAAGAAGUCACCGCGUGGGGUGGCCCCCCAAGCAGAGCCCCUCUGUCUUUAGGUUUCGGCAGGACAGCAGGCAGCAAGCAUUUCAUAUCACUUUAGAUUUCAUUACUGUAGAUGCGCUGACAUGUCACAAAAAUGUCUUAAUAUAUGAAUGUGAUUUUGUUUUCUUCUCUUUUCUUCAUACUUUGUGCCCCUGUUGAUUUCUCCAUUUUUUUUAUGAUCUCUCUCUGUCUUGUAUCAUAUAUCUACUACUAGGUAUAUAUGAAUUUAAAGCACAUGUUGCUCUGAAGUGUAUUCCUGUAUACAAGCUUCUCCUCUGUCAUUUUAGGCUCCUCUCGCCCCGCCCCCCCCCCGUCCUCUUUAGUGCAAUGUACUGUUUUGGAAACCAUGUGGAUGUAUGGAGCACAGUGUAGACACGUGUGCUCCGGUAGUGUCAUGCCAUUUUGAUCUGAUUGCUGUGAAUAUGACGCUAGUGAAACGUAGAAUAUUUUGCAUUUGCCGAGCUUCAGUUUGCGCUGUGGAAAGGUCCGGGUGUGAGUUAGCAUGUCGCGCACAGCCUCAUACGUGUCGUCGUUCUCGUCGUCGUCACCCCGUUCACAGCGGGGUGGCAGGGUCGGACCAGUUUUUUUGCAUGUCCUCUAAAAGAUGGCGCUCUGCUGUUGCUGCAUGUUCUUAUCGGGUGAGAGACUCAAUCUGGACUCUUUGUGGAACACUAUCAUUGCCUUGAGGGUGAGUAAUUUUAGGCUGUCACCACGAAAGCUGAACACAACUCCUGUACAUUCAGAUGUUCAUGUUGUCUCACUCCAAGUCUCAGUGAGGCGUCAUACGCAGACAGUCAUGCUCAUGCUGGGAAGGAUGCUCUGAUUGAAGACGCGCUUGUCCAUCAGGCUUUCCUGCUCCAACAUCAGGAAAACAGGAUGCAUCCUUUUUUUUGACAUUUGACUACAACUAUGCAGAAACUAGCACAUGGCUGUUUUUUUUUUCUUAGUGCACUUCUAUAGCAAAUGAAGGAAUUAAAAAAAAAACAGCAAAAGUAUUCUCGUAUGACAUUCCUAUGAUACUCAAUAAUAUUAUAAUCAAAAAUAUCCUGUAGUUGAGCAGAUUAUGCUUUGCAUGUAACCACAGAAGUGUAGUUAGAAUGCACUGAGAAAGUAGGAAAUGGAAAAUGUCACUAGGUUGAACUUCAUGAGCAUAAACCUGUCAAAACCUUGCACUGAUCUAGUAAACAUGCUUUCUUGUGUAGGAGUAGAUUAUUACUGCACAUGGAGAAUCUGGACCUCUUGUGUCACAUUAGCUGUACCGUUUUUGUUUUUUUUUUUAAAAAGACGGUGCCACUGUUCAAAAACCAAAACAUAAACGUUUAGCACUGCGGAAUAAAGGCUGAGUCUCAAAAGUGUUUCCUUAAAUCCUCAGGACUCAUAACAAGGCAGAGAAGGUUUGGUGAAGGAAUCAAGGAAACACCUGAGAGAUUCAGCCACAUCCUUGCUAACUCCUGGUCACAGUGCCUCCUUCACCACACGUACCUGUCCCAAAACGCCUCUCCAUUCACCUGCCAACACCUCACCGUCAUGUCCGCCUCUUCCUUGACCAGUAACCUGGCUUUGUCUGUCCCCUCAAGGAGACAGACAGCUGUGUUGUCCCUGUCACAUAAAGCCUAUGUACACCGAGCUGCCUCUGACUUCAACACAAUGCAUGGCUUUCUGUACGACUGCAACUCCGUGUCGUAUCGCCUUAUGUAGCUAACAUUGUCAUUACUGUCCAUGAACUCUGCUGAGGGUUAGGCUUGGCUCGCUGGAUGACAUGCUAGACAAGCUAAUUGUUAGUUGUGUCCAGUCCUGUCUGUUAAUGGACACCUGCCUCGCUAACAACCUACUAGCUAAAACUCCCGAGAGUGUGUUCUGUUGAAUUCCCAGGUUUUUAGCCGUGUCAGUGUGUGGUGGCGUUAGCAGACAUAUACAUUGCCUGAACUUGGUGUGUGUGUGUGUGUGUGUGUAGAGGCAGAGGGUAGAUCAGUAGCUCUGGAGUGUGUGUGAGCCUGGACGGCAGUGCCAAUGGCGUUUCCUCGAACAGACGGCGCCGCCAGCCGAGCCCCUCCAGACUCACUAGCUGGCAAUCUGUGGACGAAGUGAUUCCUUUAUUCUGAAAAUCUGAUUUCUGAUCCCGUCUCAUGUACCUCCAUUGUUCUGUGUUUUUUUUAAAAGUGUGUUUUGAUUUCUUUUUUUUUCUUCUUUUUUUUUACUAUAUUGAAUUCUAUAACUGACUGUAAUUCCAGUGUAAACAUGUAAGAGUGAAAUGAUGUCAUUUCAAUGAAUUUGGAGGGUUAAAUGUGAGGGGGGGUCAUAAUGAAUGGUUUUGUGUUUUGUACAGAUUGAUAAAUUGUACAAUUGUGUCUAUAUCUUAAGUUAUCAGUUCAUCUUAAUAAAGCGCACCAGUCAUAAACCUUUA